GUUUUUCGCUGACGGGAACGUAUGACAUUCAUUUGCCGUUGAUUGCCGUAUUGUGUUACGUUAACGAAGCGUGAACGCCCAAGCAGUGGUUGCCGUAACGAUUGUUCGGGUGACGUUAAGACGUUAUAGGGAAGUCUUCCGACGUGAUUCUCUGCCAUUUUGGAACUAAAAUGUGGAAUACUUAAAAGCUUUAGUUACACAGUAUUUUAGUAGCUGAAAACGUACGACGUUUGCUGCGUGAAAUAAGCCGACCAAUGAAAAUAUAGAGGCCUAGUGGCUCUCCGCAUUUGGCAAAAUGCUUUUUAAUGAUCUUUCGUACUACACGGCGAUUGGAACCGAAGUUACACCAUGGAUUUAAUGUCCGCGGCCAAAAAUGGCAACUUCGAUCAGGUUUUUAACUUUUUGCAAUCCGGACACGCCCCUUCUGUGACUGACAAGGACAACGCCACGCCCCUUUACUGGAGCGCAUGUCAUGGGCAUAGUCACGUGAGUGAAAUUUUGAUCCAGGCCGGAAGUGACGUCAACUCUAAAGUGACGUGGGGAUCGACACCACUACACGCAGCAGCGGACCGUGGUCACACGAAUUGUGUAGACGUUUUGUUGGAUAGUGGUGCCAACGUUAACGCAAAGAAUAACCGCGGCGACACAGCGUUACACAUCGCCGCAUAUCGCGGACACAGUGACGUCAUUUUACGUCUCCUUAAAGCGGGUGCUGACAUCACAAUUCGGAACGAGAAGGGAAAAACGCCUCACCAAGAGGCAAUUGAGGGAGGUCACAGCCAGAUUGCACUUAAUAUGAUGCGUUCUACAGAAUGCAAGACUGGAAGCGGAAGUCCUUCACGCGCUCGGCGUCCCCCGGAUAUCUUCGUCAGCUUUCCGGACGGACAGGCAUACCCCGACUAUGAGAACGCGGAACCAAUCUCUCCAAGAACAAUCUCGGGUCCUCCAGUCGUUUUACGGCAGACGUCUGUGCCGCCUCCCCGCCCACCGAUUACGCUAGGACGCAGCAUCAGCUUUAAUGGCCAUAACACCGUCGACCGGCAACGUUCGGUCCGCGAGCCCGUGGAAAACGCCUUACUGCCUUCGCCGAUCGACGGUCGGACUCAAUCUGUCGGAUGUAUAGCCCAGUAUGAUAAUACCAGCCGCCAUCUUAAUGACGUCAACAAAAGCUUCUCGUCAUCGGAUUAUAUUAAUCACAGUCAACUGUCAGCGUAUAAUUGUGCGAAUGAAUCAGAUUCAUCGGUGCCUACAGAACUAUCCGAGUCUUCCGCAUACAGCAGCGAUUCUUCUUGGUCUACGUCACUGAUGACGCAAUCAAAUGUCGGAAUCGAGGCUAGUGGGCCAUAUGACCAAUCAACGCACGCACGUGACAUGACAUAUUUGAACAUGCGUCACCAAAGUCUUUCGAACCGACCGUUCCGUACCUCGAUUGGGUCAAUGCGAGAAUUAGAAGCAUGUGUUCCACAAGAGUCUUCAGACAAACAUUCUUCGCGGGAAUUUAUGUCUAAAUUAAAUAAACAACUCGUAGACUCUUACAAACAUAUCGAAAAGCUGUCUAGUGAAAAUGAAACUUUGAAGUUCAAAUGUUCGGCUUUACUUUCUAGACUCAAUGAGACGGAGAAAAUAUUAUCUGAGAAGGAAAGGGAGUGUGAGGUAUUACGUAAUAUGCUAGAAGUGAAAUCACAGGAAUUUCGAGGAAAUGACGACGAAAGUAGAAACGCGCAUGCACAGAAUGAACCGGAAAUGACUGUUCAAAGAACCCAGGGCGGUUUAAGAGCACUCACGGAACACCUGGGAAAGGUCAUGUCUGAGGAAGGCAUUCAGGAAUUGAAUGAUUCUUUGAAGGAGACCGUACGAAAUCAUAUUCUGGCUUCACCGGAAGGGGCGGACAGUGAUAUUGACGCACCUUACCGAAAGUGGCAGGCAGGGGUCGAUUUUGUGGUUCUGGGGCCACAUCCGGUUGAGUGCCGUCCCGUUGUGCAAGGGGACCAUCUCCCGCUUCGCCUAUCUUUCCAAAUUAAACAUUUAAAGUCCGGAAAACGUCUUUUGCUAAAGACAACUGUUCAUCGCCAACGGGACGAAAGGAAUAUUACGCGUCUGAAUGAAACAGAAAUUCUAGACACUGUCGGUUACCAUAAACAUAUCGAAAGAAUUCUACAUUCGUUUGAUGGUCCUGUAGAACGCUUCCUUAAGUUUAUUCCAUCUCCUUUCUCAAAAGUUGUAGAAACAGAAGAUGUUAUGAACCGGUCUACUUUUAUUGUAACAAAUCACGUGACGCCUUUGACUUCUUACAUAUAUUCGUGCGUCGAUUCAAACUUAGAACUACUUUUUCAAUAUAUAGCGCAUGCGCUGUAUAAACUUUUCUCCGCCAUUAAUAUUCUAGAGCAAUAUGGUGUACAGCAUAACAGUAUAAACGAAGGCAGUGUUUUUGUUGAUAGUGAUUUGAAUAUUGUUCUUGGCGGAUUUGAAAAUGCCAUUUACUCAAGUGAUAAACCUACGAAAAAGAGGGGACUGCCAGUCAGUGAAAGCAAGGAGCUCAAUGAUUACGUGAACGUGGAACACCUCACCAGAGGAUCAAGUUCCUGUAGAAGCUAUCAAUCAUCCGGCGAUCUUGCGGACCUCGCACGGCUGUUCAAACGCAUCCUACCUCAAGUUCGGCCAACUUCCGGGUCACGUUCGUUUGAUAACCACGUGCACAGGGGCAUUGUCAGGGUGGUCAAUGACAUGUUGUCCGAUAUGGAGCACUUGACGUGUGUGGAAUGCAUGCAGCGUCUUGGAUACGUGUUGUCCGGGUACCUGGCGACUGACCUCCAAACCGAUUUCCGGUGUCGCAGUUUCAUGCAUAGCAGAAUGCUUGCCCUGCUGUCUUACUCAAAUGCUAGUCCGGACAAUGGCGGAGUUGUAUCUCUUGAGCAAGCGUUGCAAAGAUGCCGAAGAGAGACGGAGGCUGACUUCCUGUGUAACACAAACUGCAAACAGUUGUUGACCAUUGCCAGGGUUGUAAAUAAACAAUUGCAAUAAAUUCACCCAGUUUUCAGGGAAACAUGA